AUUUCUGACUAAUUCGUUCCCAUGUCUCUCAAUCGUCAGAAAUUACAUUAGACGCCCCUCUCUAAAAAAAACGCUCCCUGUCUAAUACACGCCCCCUAUGAAAAUUUCUCCAAAAUACUAGGAAUAAGCAAAAAGAAGCAAAAUCAUUCGAUCCAUUCACUUUCUUGCUUGAAUAACAAGGCUUUGGGUAUUUCAUCUUGUUCAAUGUCAAGUAAUUUUCUAAGCAAGGAUAGACUAAUGAUGGCAACACAAUAACUCUGAGCGAAGAUUCUGACAUCGAUGUCGGGAUUUGAAAUAGCGAUAUGAAUCUCUAGACGGCCUAGACGUAUCAAUUAAUGGAAGAGAUAUUCCGCUGUUUUCAACGCUCGUGAUAGUUUUGCCGAAAUCAUAUUAGGUUUGCUGAGCUUGUUAUCAGUUAUGAGAAUAAACGCCUCUCUCUUUUGAACGCCCCCGCUUGGACCCCUAAAUUAAAUAGACGUCCUGGGGGUUUAUAAGGUCAUUUAGUGUAUAGCGGCUAUCCAAUGGAUAAUUAUUGGGAAAACAAAUUUCACUAUCAGUUGACUAUCCUUUGGAAAGAGAUUUAUCCAGUGGAUAUAGCAUUUUCAACCUUCUGAAAACAAAAGGACCAUGCAGAUCCAAGAGGUUAACCUGGCAUACAUACAUUUUACAUACAUUUUUUAUUGUGUUUUAUGGUAAAAGUACAAAUUACACCUUUUGCUGUUCAUUACGACAAAAUACGCAGUCAUUUGCGUGAAACGGCGACCAAUAGUGCGAAGAUACAUUCAUUAGCGCGAAAAUACGAACAUUUGCGCAUAAAUCACAUUCAAUUACGAUUUUUGCAUUUUAAUCAACAUUCAAUAACACUUUUGGGCAUUCAUAUGCGUCAUUGGGCAUACAAAAGAGAGAAAUAUACUUACAUUAACACCAAAAUCAAAGUCAUUAACACCAUCUUGAAAGUCAAUAGAGACAACUGACAUACAUUAAAGUGCAAAAACUAUUCAUUAACAUUUUUACGACACUGUUUGCAAUUCAACAGCAUUCCUGGAAAACCUUAGGAUGGAUAAGACAAACAUUAAUGUGCUUGUACAAUCAAUUGAGUGUUCUUUACAUUUAAUAUACAAAAAUCGAUUUUCAAUUAAACAACAGAAAUUCAAACAAAUUUGGCCUGAAUUUCAGUCCGUUAAAUGUAUAUCCUUUAAAAACCUCGCUAUUUAAACAUUUUGGGAGGUAGGUUUGAUGUCGAGGGGGGAAGCAUAAGCUGUGUACGUAUGGAGCGGGAAUGGCCAAAUCUAGGUGGCUGACACCCCGUCAUACGCAAAGACCGCCGACUUAUCGGGAUCCAUUUCUUCCUCACCGGUGCUAGAAAGUCACCGAAAAACCGACACAGUAUUCAUUACUCCAGCAGCUCCCGAGAAAAACAUUUGAUUGGUAAUAUUGCCAUGGUCAUGGUCAAGUUUCGUCCUCGUUGGCCGCACACUUGGCGGUACGCCCUCCACUCCCUGUCGCGCCCCACCAUGACUUCUGGCCGUCUAGGGUAAAUGUAUAGCCGCAGCCGUCGACGAACACACAGUGGCGAAGUACGGCGUGAUUCUUUAACCAAUCUCAGGCCAACUUUUUUGGGGGAAUUGGUAUUGUUUAAUUGAAAAUAUAUUUUUGUAUAUUAAAUCUAAAGAACGCUCAAUUGAUUGUACAAGCGCAUUAAUGUUUGUCUUAUCCAUUCUGAAGCUGUCCAGGAAUGCUAUUGAAUUGCAAACAGUGUCAUAAAAAUGUUAAUGAAUAGCGUUUGCACUUAAAUGUUUGUCUAUCGUCCCUAAUGAUUUUCAAGAUAAUGUUAAUGACUCGAAUGUUGGCGUUAAUGAAAGUAUAUUUUUCUCUUUUGUAUGUCAAAUGACGCAAAUGAAUGCACAAAAAUGUUAUUGAAUGUUGAUUAAAAUGCAAAAAUCGUUAUUGAAUCUGAUUUACGCGCAAAGGUUUCCUUUUUCGCGCUAAUGAAUGUAUCUUCGCGCUGUUGGUCGCCUUUUCACGCAAAUGAAUGCGUAUUUUCUCGUAAUGAACAGCAAAAGGUGUAUUACAUGCCCGCGGGUAGCAAAGCUAAUCUAGACGGGUCAUGGCAGCAAAGGCAGUGUCUUUCAUAUUAAAGGAGUAGAAAAAUAUAACAUAGAACAUGGACUGGUUUCCCUGGUCUAGCCCACUAGUGGCGAAAAGGGCCGGCUUUUUAGCAACAAAAAAGGAUUUUAGUCCUUUAAAUAGUCUGGCUUUAACUAGCCAAGGUUGUCUUGUCUUGAGAUUUUUGAUCAAAUAGUUUGAUUUUACUAAAACAGUUAUUCCUCGAGUCCGAAUGGCCUCUGAGUCAAUAGCCUAUUAGGCCUUCGGCCUCAUGGGCUAUUAAAUAUAUCCAGCAGAUAUAUAACGCUAUUGGUUUCCCGAAUACUUAUCCACUGGAUGCCGAUUGAUCCGAGUAUGGGUAGAUAGUGGCACAACUGGGCCUGAUUUAUUUCGAUCCUACGCAAAUUAAACUUGAAUGUUUUAUUUCUGCAUUUAAAAAUCUCUCUGCUUUCUUGUGAGCUUUAAAACCGUGGCGUCUUUGCCGAUAUCUUAUGUUGCAUCGAAUUCGAAGUCCUUCUUUGUAAAAAUCUUUAUUUAGAAUAUCUGCAUUUCUUUCCAGGUCAAGGGAUUCCAGGAGUUUCGUGAGGUGAAAGAUCAGUUAUCCAGUUUGGAAGCAAAGGUAUUAAAAAUAUAUAACAACGUAAAAAGUGUGCACUUGCGUGUAAACUGAAACGUCCACAUGACCAUUCGGAGAAAAUUCUUCUAAAUGUUAAUGCGUUUCUUGUUGCUUCGUACACAGGUUAUUAGCAUGAGUGCCAGAAUUAAGGAAUUGGAAGAAGAGGUAAGCUACAAAUACUCAUGAGACUAAAGUUCGAAUCUCGGAUUCGAAUCUGAAAGUGGCUUUUUAUAAAAAAGUAUCGUAUCAAUAGAGACAGCAAUUACUGAAAGCACGCUGCAUUUAGUAAAACUGAUUUUGCGCCUCCGAGUGUUUAUUGCUGCUUGUAUUACAUUAAUAUUCACCCCAUGCCAACAGCGAAAGAGUUUUAAAAGAAAUGUAAAUUAAAUAGCGCGGAUGCCGGUUUAAACGCAAAAAGACGAUGAUAAACAAUCGCAAGAACGAAACAUUGUGACAUUCGUUUUUCAAUUUAAAAAAAUAUUUUGCACAUUAAUAGGCAAUUUCCGAGUUCACCCAGACCUCUGUAUCAAAACGAAGUUAAGCGCUCAGCCUCAAAUGAUUUUUCAUUCUAAUGCAAAUAAAACUCAUUUUCACAAGAAAGGUUGUGCACUUGGCCUCAUUUUGAAAGUGACGGUUUUGGGAACUCGGAAGUGGCCUAUUGAUCUGUUGACAGGUCAGUGCUCACGCAUGCGCACAGCCAUAUCACCUGGGCAGGGGCAGCCAUGGACAGCUGUUUCGCCCUUAUUGGGGCUCAUCGGCAUGGUAUUGCCGUCGGGUCUAUGAACGGGCCAAGCCAAGCGAGUGCAAAGCACUCCUUUAAGCGUCAGCUCCACACAACGCUUGUGGGGGCUGUUGGCUGGGAACCGCACGGCAGUUCUCCAACGGCGUGCCCGUUCAUAGACCCGACGGCUAUGCCAUGCUGAUGAGCCCCAAUAAGGGCGAAACAUGCUGCUGUCCAUGGCUACCACUUCCCAGGUGAUAUGGCUGUGUGCAUGCGUGAGGUACUGGCCGGGCCGUGGGUUGGUUUACGUGUACCGCUUUCCUAAAGUUUGUCUUAUUUUUUUUGUUGGUAUUAUUUUUCCUACAGAACCAGGAAUUGCGUGCUAGACUGGGAUUGGAAGCCGCAGGGCUACAUGAACAGGUAGUAAAUCACGUUCUCGGUCUUUCUUGAAGGAGUUCUUGAAACCAAGGUUAUCUUUACCCCUAAGUUUACGGCAAACGGAGCAUAUGCGUGGCUCAGGCCGAGCUCUGCACACAAAGCUCCCCGCGUGGGGGCGGAGAGGGGGAGGAGAGGGGGUGGGAACAUUGCUUGAGGUGGCUGCGAAGGAGACUUACUGGUCAUAAACUUUUACAAGGAAAUACCUUCCCAUAAGGCGAUUUACAACAGAAACCACUCGAGUAUUAGAACAUGCCAUCUAAACAGAGUGUAUAAAGGGGGUGUGAGAAUGAACCUCUCAGUUCCGUUUCCGCAUCUCAUAUCAUUUUAUUAACGAAUAAUUAAACAGUCUUUUAUUAGUAAGCUACUUUUAUACUGAAUUUACGAUAACACCAACAAACAGCAGCAACAACAACAGCACGACAUUGUCUGCCACAAGUAAAAUUUUGGACAGUGGGCAGUUCCCAUGUUUGGUUGAAAACUGUUCUGUUCCUCAAAACACAAAAAGCUUAAAUAUCUUUAUAAUAAUUAUAAUUAUCAUUGUCAUUGUUAUUAUUAUUAUUAUUAACAUAUUACAUCUUUUGUUGUAGAAAUAGGAACCGGGAUAGCCCAGACUUAAUGCAAUUUUGCUUUUUUUUGGCUUUGGUUUUGUUUUUGUUUUUGUUUGUUUUUGUUUUUUGUUUUGUUUUUUUCUUUUGAAUAAUCCAACCUCAAGCAACAUUUGUAAAUUGCCUAUACGUAGCGAGAUUUACAAUUUUACAUUCAAAAACACAAAUAAAGUUUCCAUUAUUACUAUUAUUAUUAUUGUUGUUGUUAUUAUUAUUAUUUCUUGUUUUGUGAACUGGCUGUAAAUCUCAUACCGAUUUUCAAGUUAAGGGAGCGAGUCAUAACCAAUAACCGAUUAUUAUUAUUAUUAUUAUUAUUAUUAUUAUUCAUUUUCGAAACAAGGAAAAGCUACUUUGUGGAACACAGUCUUAUUGGUAUGGCCAUGUGAGAAACGGAAGAUGAGCUAAUCAUUUUCCCUUUGGCCUAACUAGUCCUCCCUCAAAUAGCCAAAGUUCAAACCUUUCUUACGUCCGGAUUAACCUUAGUUUGCACCGCUGUUAAUUUUAUCCCAUGUAUUCUUUUUUCUCUUUAUGGCCUUUGCAGGAUGUGGUAUACGUAGAAGAACCUGAUCAAGCUGCUCGAGAGCGUCCAGUCAGUGAUAGGUUAAAAGAUGUAGACGAUCGGCUUAAGGCAUACGUGAUAUCACCUUUGGAGGUGCCAGAAGUACAACAAGAUCAGCUAGAUACACCAGUCAAAAUAGAUCUGCUAACAAAGAUUUCCGGGCGUUUGCAAGAGCUAUACAGCGCGAUGCAAGCUUUGGUUGGGGAAGCUUGUCAAUGCAGCGAAGACCUGAAGAGAGACUACUACGAUCUGGCCAAUAAUGGGCUCAGAGCAGCACACAAUGACGUUAUACACAGGGUCAAUGAUCUAAAAUCUUUGCAAAAGAAAAUGACUGAGGAAGAAAAAGGGAAUUUUCAAAGGCUACAAACAUAUCAGGUCAACCGGCAAAGGCAGGUCGAGCUGCUAGAUAACCUGUGGAGAAGUCUCUUCAAAUCCGUAAGUAACUCUGGUUUAAUAAUUUUAAUUGCCAUUCUGUAGAACAGAGGUCGAAUUCAAAGCUAAAGUGAGACGUAAGGUUAUUAUUAAGAAGCAAGACUUUGGUCCAGUAAACACAUUAUUCGCUGUGUUAAUUACGUCAAUAAAUUAUUAAAAUUUUUUCAAGCAGCAGCGAGGGAAAAUCGAAAUUAUUUUAAAAGUUUUCGACAGAUAACAGUCUUGUUCUCGGAAACAUAAGAUCACCUAAGGUCAUACCUUAGCUUAAGAGAGAUUUAUAUAAAAUCGGAAAACGCAGAAGUAGAUUUGGAAACUCAUUUCAAGGGCGUGGUUUUAUUUUUCGGCGCCAAGUUUGGGCUUACGAGACAAAAACAGAUGUUGGCGACGAUCAUACCAAUAAGUGGCAAAAAGCUGUCUCAUAUUCAUCGUCUGAUGUAUUGUUACAAGUAAUGCAGAGUCCAAGGCCGAGCUUAGUUAAUUUCCUCGGUCGACCCAAACAUCGAUGUCAGCAGUCAACUCUUAACCAGAAUUUUUUUUUUCAUGAUUUGCAGCCCGAGCCCCUCCCCAAGACUCCAGUGUCUCAACCUCUUGCCGCGAGUGAGAAGCCACGCGACAGUAAAAAAGUAAGUAACUGCACUCUAUUUUGUUAUCAGUUUUUCACCAGAGGUUCCAAGUGAAAAGAACUAGCAGUUCCUUUUCGAGAGGUUUGUCAUCUUCAGAAUAUUUUUAUUGUUUAUUAUGAAGUGUGGUGUGUUUAAUCUUACAACUGAAAUUUUUGUUGUUAAAGUUAGUAGAAAGUGCCUUUGAGUAAGGCCCCGUCUAUAAUGAGAAACGUCUUCGCUAGAAAGAGGUUCACCCUCCUCUUCCCGCCAUUACUUCCCAACGGUAUAGAUCCUGCUGUAUAGAUUAUAGGUUUUAUUACCGUGGAUUCUUUCUGUCUUCUACCUUACCUCUUCAGUAUUGGUAAAGUUGCUAAAUGCCGUUCAUUUGAAAACUGAAUUUCUCUGACACAAAUAUAACUCUCUAAGGUAGUGUGAUAACAGAACUAACUGACUGUUCUUUUAAUUUUAUUGGCUAUGUGUAGAAGCUUUCGAGACAUUCAGACCCAGGAGCAAGGCCAAAACAACUGAAAUCAGGCGGAGACGUCGCACGUGCUGAAGGACCCUCACCUAGCAAAGACGAAAGAGUAGAUGAAAUGUGCUUAAAUGUAGGUAUCCCAAAUUCGCACUCGGCUAGUAUUUCAUUUACUUUUUACUUGUUAUGUGUAAUUAAAUUGAGCGUCGUGACCACAAAUAUUGAGGAAAUAAAACGCGAUUACCCUGGUCCAUCCACCAUUUAUCCGCCCCUUGACAUUUGGACAGUAGAUAUUUUAGAGGGGGGGGGGAGGGGGGCUAAUGAGUUGUUCGAGGCUAGGUUCGAGGCUAGGCUAUUUAUAAGAAUUUCGUGAAAGUAAAAAACCUUGGUUUUUACUUAUUCGAGGCGCCUUUAUCUUGCAGUUCACGCAAAAGAAAUCAGCACUUGGAACAAUUAAAAGCCUGCUAACAAGGAAGGACAAUGAUGAAAAACAGUGUUCUGUUGUUUCGUACAUUCCAAGAAGGGAUUCCUAG